UUGCUACCGCCUUGCACAUGAACCCGCCUGUCUUGAAGACAGCACGCAGCAAUUCCAUCCUGUUUCGGUUUCACAGGAUCGGGGAGCGGACGGCGUCGGGAGAGAUCUCCGGGAUCCCGGGCCAGCCGGGGCCGAUCUUCGUCUUGUCAACCACACCGUGGCACCGGGUGUCCAAUCCUUCCUUAAACACCUUCCGCGACGGCCACUCCAGCGGCGCCCCGGGCAGCCCGUCCCAGUGUGUGGGCACCCGCGGAAGAAAUCCUUCCUCACGUCCAACCCCAGCCUCCCUGCCGCAGCUCGAGACCACGUCCUCUCGUUCUGUCGACUGCGGAGACCGACCCUCACCUGCCUCUAAGCCCCUUUGGAGAGUCACUGGAGAAGCAGGAUCUGCCUUCUGCUUACGGUGCCACACGGGAACGGGCUGGGGACGCAGCCCUGAUCAGCAAAGGCAGCAAACGGAGCCUCACAGAACUGAUUUACUCGACCUGUUCCCCUCAAAUAACAUACUAGCGCCUUACUUCUCACGCUUCCAACCUCCCUGCACUCUCUACCUCAGCGUAAUUAAAGUUUUUCCCAACUGCGAUCCAGGAAAACAAAAAAACAUCUGCUGUAGUUAUACAGAAUUAACGUUCUAAAGGAGAUGACUCCCUUGGCACAAAAGUGGUUGAAAAUUGGUAAAUGACGUCCUUAUAGCUGCCAGAGGAGAAAGGAAAAAGGCGUAAAGCUGUUCAAUAAACAUAAGACAGAAUGAACUGGGACUAAGAGUUGUGGGUGUGCGGAUGUGACAACAAUACACGCCAUGAAGAAUGAAUGUGACCUGUCCUAAGUGGACAAGAGGAUUUUCCAGUUUUGAAACUGGAGGGUACAAAAGAAAUUCCUCCUAAUAUUCCCAUUUUUCUAUGUACUGCCUCUGACACAUUCCCUACAAGAGGGGCAUGUAGUGCUAUACAAUACGUUAUUAUAAAGAAAUGUGAUGGGUCCUUCAAAUACCUGAAUUUGUGAAUCACUUUUUGUUCAGCUAUAUGUGAAUUUCAUAGGCUUAUGCUACCAGACACUGCACCAUCCAAAGUGGAACACAAAGCUGCUAAUUUUUACUUUAGGAUUAGAACUUAAAAAUACUUAUCUUCUUGUGAACUCUUAAAACUCUUAAACUCUUUUUAAUGAGUUGGCCGGCCUGUGUAUUACAGACUGAGUACCUGAUGUCCGUGAUAAUGUCGUUAAGACAGGCACAGGAUUGUUAGGGUUAGAAGGGACUUCUGGAGAUCAUCCUACCCAAUUCCACUGUCAAGGCAGGAUCACCUUGAGCAGGUGACACAAAAUGUGUGUGGAAAACUUACCAACUAUAGGUGGG